AUGAGCGCGAAGCAGCUCUGCGACGCCUUGGCCGCCGCGGGGUUCGACAGCGGAGAUCCGCUCGACCCGGAGAGCCUCGAUUGGGCGUUCCUCCAGGGAGACGACUCCAGCCGCGUGCUCGCGUGGAUCGCCGCCCGCCUACGCCGCGCCAACGUCCUCUCCGCCUCCGACCUCGAACUCUAUGAUCAGCUUGAACUAGAAGGGAAGCUUUUGGAGGGGAAAGACUUGGAUUCCGCUUUCGACAGUAUUUCGGCGUUCUCAGAAACUGGAGAGAACCAUGAAUACACAUUCUUGUCGGAAGAAAGUCUGGGAGACAUCCGCGACUCAAAACUAGCACUUAGAGCUGAAGUUUCUGAUUUGGAAAAAAAGCUCGCUUCUCUGGAAUGGCAGCUUGAUUUGCUUACAGCACACGCUACCACCAUCACGCAGGGAAAGAAAUCCCGCACAUCUGCUAAAACUAGCGCAACUGGAAAACUUGCGAGAUUUGAUGAGGAACUUGCCAAGAGAAGUUUAGAGAUGAAUGAAGUACUUGGAAAACUUGUUGCUACGAUCCAGGAGUUGUCUUACUAUCAUUCAGAAACUGAUAUUGGCGUCUACCUGUCAUACUGUGAUUUCCAAUCAUAUAUAAUCAGUAACCUGGCUUGUACCAAAGAACUUAACACAUGGUUCACUAAGAAGUUUGAGAAGGGAGCUCUCCGGUUUGUUGCCAAAGAAGACAUGCCAAGGGGGGAUUCUGAAAAGCCUCAUCGUUUUGUGGUUGAACUAAAGCGAAUUAAUUCAGUAUUUGCUAAAAGUAAAAAACAGUACAUUGAAGCACAAAUGGAACAUGCUAAUGAGGAGGCUACACUUUCGAAGCUGAGAGCUCAGUUGGCAUCCCAACACUCAUAUAUUCAUGAAGACAUCCAUUCUCUAAGGAGGAGAAAUUCUGAACUUACAGAAGAGCUGAAGGAUCUCUCCCUUCAAGUGCAGGAAUGCCUAUCCGAGACUGUCGCGAGCUUGUGUUCUGACCUGGCUCGACUUGAGGGUGCAAAUAUUCUGCAAGGGGUCAUAACUUGA